CAGAGGUAAAACGAACUCCAUGAUAAAGAAAAGCCGAAAAAUCUCCGGCUCCUGCAUUCUCGUCGCAUUCCGUCGCCGCUUCCUUCGAUCCUACUACAGAAAAUGGCGUUCGAUAAGAUCAAGGUCACGAAUCCCAUCGUAGAGAUGGACGGAGAUGAAAUGACUCGUGUCUUUUGGAAAUCAAUCAAGGAUAAGCUUAUUUUCCCAUUUUUGGAUUUGGAUAUAAAGUACUUUGACCUUGGGCUACCUCAUCGUGAUGCUACUAAUGAUAAAGUUACGAUUGAAAGUGCAGAAGCCACUCUUAAGUAUAAUGUGGCAAUCAAAUGUGCAACUAUAACUCCAGAUGAAGCUCGUGUGAAGGAGUUCAACCUGAAAUCUAUGUGGAAGAGUCCAAAUGGGACAAUCAGGAAUAUUUUGAAUGGUACCGUCUUUAGAGAACCAAUUAUGUGCAAAAAUGUCCCCCGGCUUGUUCCAGGUUGGAAUAAGCCUAUAUGUAUUGGAAGGCAUGCAUUCGGUGAUCAAUACCGAGCAACUGAUACAGUCAUCAAAGGCCCCGGCAAGCUCAAAUUGGUGUUUGAGGGAAAAGAAGAACAGACUGAAUUAGAGGUGUACAACUUCACAGGUGCUGGGGGAGUAGCCCUAUCUAUGUAUAACACUGAUGAGUCCAUCUAUGCUUUUGCAGAGGCAUCAAUGAAUACAGCUUAUGAGAAGAAGUGGCCACUGUAUCUAAGCACAAAAAAUACAAUUCUUAAGAAAUACGAUGGAAGGUUCAAGGACAUAUUCCAAGAGGUGUAUGAAAGUAAAUGGAAAUCCAAGUUUGAGGCUGCAGGGAUAUGGUACGAACAUCGGCUUAUUGAUGAUAUGGUAGCCUAUGCACUUAAAAGUGAUGGUGGUUAUGUCUGGGCAUGCAAGAAUUAUGAUGGAGAUGUACAGAGUGAUUUCUUGGCUCAAGGUUUUGGAUCUCUUGGAUUGAUGACAUCAGUUCUGGUGUGCCCUGAUGGGAAAACCAUUGAAGCUGAAGCUGCACAUGGCACAGUUACACGUCAUUACCGUGUUCAUCAGAAGGGUGGUGAAACCAGUACGAAUAGCAUUGCUUCAAUCUUUGCCUGGUCACGAGGGCUUGCACACAGGGCAAAGUUAGAUAACAAUGCUAGACUGCUGGAUUUCGCUGAGAAACUGGAGGCAGCUUGCGUGGGAACUGUGGAAUCAGGGAAGAUGACCAAAGAUCUUGCACUUAUCAUUCAUGGAUCCAAGAUUACCCGAGAUCAGUAUCUGAAUACUGAAGAGUUCAUUGAUGCAGUGGCAGAGGAGCUGAAAGCAAGGCUGUCAGGCACAUCAAAGUUGUAAACCCCUUGUCACUUGGAUUCACCCAGAAACAUUGUUUUGGUCUGAAUAGGGCAGAUGAAUGCGUUUGUGGCUUUGUGGUGUGUUCAGACAACAGAUUUCGAAAGAAAUGAGAGGAGCCCAGCCGUUUCUGCCCGCAGUGAUCUUUCAAUGAUGUACUGAACUUUCCUUUUUUCAAUUUCUUCAUCUGGAUAUUUCAAUUCCCUUUGGGUAGAAACUGCCUUUUGGGGGAAAGUUGUCAAUCCCUGUAUUCAUAGACAUAAGUUAAUCAUAUUAGUCAUAAUCCCUUGAGGCCACAACCAAAAGAAUGAAAAGAUUAUCCCAAAUGUCUGGAUCAUCGAAUCCAGGUAUGACUGAAGCAAGGAUCCAAAAAUGCCAUGUAAAUGUACCAUGGGUAUGUACACUCAGGGGAGAUGUGGAUGCAAAUGAGCCUCCAUCAAGAAGUUCGGAUUAGAAACUUUAGGCUC